CAUCUAUGAACCAGCAACCGAGAAAGGCUUGCGAAUGCAAUCAAAAAGGGCCAGCGCGCAUACAUGUCACUACUAACGGACAACUCCACACCAAAAGGCGAUAGCAGCGCGAGUAAAGUGAAUGCAACACGCCAAUAGACAACUCUGUUUGUUUUUCCACUGCUUUGCCCCCCCCCCCCCCCUAAUUGCUAAUGUGCAACCACAGGCAUUUCGUAUCUGCUCGUGUCCACUGUCGUUUGCCGUUUCGUUGUGGGCAGUAACUAUGUUUCACUGUCACAAUUCUCCGCCCCAUAAUUUCGAGCUGCGGAGUUGAUGAUAAAUUUACCGAAGACAGUCAUAUGGACAGCAAACGCCAUAGGACCGUCAAAGCUCGUGGACACGUUUCCGUUGCUAUUUCCGCCGUCGCCGGUGUAGUGUGAAUCAUGUGCGAAUAGAUCAUUAACAAAGGACCUACAUACAUUAACGGCAAUGGCAAGCAGCGAAUUCGCUUAACAGCCUUAGUUGUGCGAGAGAUUAAAGAAAGGUGUGAGUGCAGUGCAAAUUGUAGAGCGGGGUAUCGGGGCACAGCAAUGCGCAAAUGAGCAAUCAAGCAAAUUAUAAUGCCAGUACACGAAAGAUAAAGCUUAUAAUAGAAAAAAAAAAAGAAGCAAAAGUGUGCAAACUAAAAAAGGCUAUGUGUGCAUAGUGAAUGGCCGUGAGUAAAAAUUGAAAAAAAAGAAGAUGUGUGGAGAUAUAUACAUUUGUUGGGCUAAACUCGUUUAAAGCAGCGCACAUGCAUUUAUAGGUAUUUUUUCGGAAAUCCGAUUGAGUUCCAUCGAAAUGCAGAAGCAAGUAAGCAAAUAAAAAAAAAAGAAGGCGUUUAAGCACAUACAACAAAAACUGCGAAAAUAUCAAACAGCUGACACUUUACAUACUUACUUAUGUACAUACAAACGUGCUGGAAAAUCCCGCACUAAUGACCACGCGGUCAACUAUGGACUGCAAAUUCGUGUAUUUUGUUAUGAUGUGCAUGUGUGUAUAGGAAAAAAAUAAUAGGAAAUUACACUCCAACAUGCACACUUCCGUUAUACAUACCAUAGAGUAUGUAUGUCUGCUGUAUAUUUGAAUGUCCACCGCUGACAGCAAAUAAUUGAAAAUAAUUGAAAAGCAAAAAAAAAUAUAUAUACUUCGGCUUGCUGUAGGUAAAUGAGCAACACACUCAUUUGUCGCUUCGUUCCGUUUUAUACGCGCGUAGUUUUAGUGUGUGUGUGUGUGUGUGUCUGUUUCCUACGGCUGCUCCACAUUAAAAUAAUAGCGUUGUUGCUGCCCAUGUAUACCUUUUGAGUGGGUGUUGUAAUAUUUUAUUUACAUACAUACACAUAAAUUUAUCCGCAUGAUUUAUUGCCGGAAAGUUUUCGCUGUUCGCUCGCCUCGCUUGAAUGUGCUUUAAAGUGCAUCGUCGACAGUGUCGUUCUCGCAAUUGCAUUCGCAUUUGCUUGUACCGCGUCCAGCGACAGCAUCGUUAACAACUACCGCAUCAACUGAUAGUGUUCGUACAUAUACAUAUAUAUAUAUAUAGAGCGCAAUGCCACCAAAACGUAGACGAAGGUUUCAAGGAUUAUACUAUCACUCAUCGCCGCCGAAAGUUCUACCAAUGAAUGGACAAGCUUCAAAUCAAGGACGAAAGCGUCGAGACGGAGAUGAUUUUUCAGUGAAACUAUCAACUAUAAGAAUAUGGAUGCACGAAAAGGAUAUUGGAAAGUUGACGCGCAUCUUGUGGGCGGGCCAAGGCAGUCGACUGUGUCAACAGGCGAGCACAAAUCCGCGUGUAAAACGAUUUUUGGCAGCGGUGCCGUAUGUGAUGAAUUCAAUCAAAGAUGUGCAUCAGGCUGUUAUCGACAAUAAUCUGGAAACGUUACAAGCGAAAAUGGAGCCACCAGUGCCGCCCGCUCUCAUCACAUGUCGCGAUGCGAAUGGCCUCAAUCUCAUACACAAGGCAGCGGGGCUUGGUCAUACAAAGAUACUCGAGUAUCUGAUUGGCAUCUGGCCGGAUGGCGUUGCUGAGACGGAUAUAACUGGCAAAACGCCACUACAUUGGGCGGCUAGUCAUAAGAAUAAUAUGCGCUGUUAUACGCUGCUUACGCAAACCGGCGGCGAUGAGGAGGCCAUGGAUUAUAAAAUGAAAUCGCCUACUUACUAUCGUCACAAGCCUAACGAUAUUGAACGUGCGUUUUUGGUUUAUGUGCCGGAGGCGCCACGCGUUUCACCAGAUGUCGCCACCGAUUGGGAGGCGUUGAGUGAGGAUGUCGGCGAUGGUGGCAAGAAACUUGAUAUUAAAAUACCAGAUACUAACGGUAUUCAUGGUCACACCAUUGACGAAAGUAUUGAAAAUAUAUCCGAAGUUGAUUUAAACGAUGGCAUAAGCGCCACAGAAGAAGAACAGCCCGCAACGCCAAUAACCAAUGGCACCGCCAGUGACUCAGUACCGCAGACACCAGUGAAAGACGAUGAUAACGAUGAACCGGCUGAUGAAGAAGAUGGUGAAGAUGGUGAAGGUGCGAUACCCGUAAAUGAAAAUGCUGAAACGGUGGCAAUCAAUGGCAAUGCCAACGGCGAAACCGAGGAGGUUGAAGCGGAAGCUGAGGAUGAGACUGCGUCUGAGGCAGCCGAAGACGCUGCUGAGCCUGAGGUAGAGGCCAUUGAAGGCGAGAUAUUGUUCGAUAUUUGGCAGCACGUUUUCCAGAAACCACUACAAUCGCCGACACCGAUGGACGAACAGCGCUACACUAUGCCGCUGUUAUAAAUGAUAAUGGUCACUUCUAUAACGUACUCACGCAGCUGGGUGCCAAUAGCAAAGCAGCGGAUAAGCUCGGUCAUACGCCAGAAUUCUAUCAGCAUAAUGGAGAAGCAAAAGAAAUACUCAACUAUAGACAACUACUAAGUAAUUUUGGUGCCGAAGAAUUGGAAGAUGAACUGCUAAAUGAUCAAGGUCAAGUUGAAAAUGCUAGCAGUCAGCUAAAUCCUAUUUUUAAAACCGAGCAAGGCAAAUAUUUGGCUAACAAUCUAGCUGACCCACUCAUCAAAGCACUCACCGAAAUCGCCAAUAAGCGACCCGAAGAUCCUGUCGCAUUCCUUGCUAAUUAUCUACAAAAUUAUCUUCAUCAACGCGAUCCCAUAGAGGCAAGCAAUAGUGGCAAGACCAACUCGACAGCGCCAAUUAGAUCCAACUCCCCCUUGUUGCGUCGCACAGGAAUGGGUUCUGUACAGGGUGUUUACAAUGGUAACAAUGGUGGCGAUGAAGAUCGCAUAGAAGAGGAUCAUAUACCGAACGUUGAUGAGGAAGAUGAAGAAGAAACGCACGCCAAUCUCGAUGACCGCGAUGAACACGGACAAAGUAUGCUGCAUUUUGCUUGUGCACGUUCCCAUCGACGCGGUGCGCUAAUGCAUCUAAUCGAAGAAUCGAAUAUCGAUAUAACAUAUCGCGAUGAAUUGUAUCGAACGGCGCGUGAUGUAUCGCUGCAGGCGAAUCAGCCAUCGAAUGCGAAAGAUAUCGAUCGUUAUGUGCUAUCGUUGGCUGUGAUUGGUGAUGUUAAGCCUUUUGAGACACUCGCUGUAGAGGGCUACGAUCAUAUAGUGGAUGUUACCGAUGACAAUGAAGUGAGUAUUGUUGACAUAGCUGCCGAGCGCGGACAUGAGGAGCUUGCUGAUUUUCUACGCAAUUUACGUACACUGGAGGAACUGCGUGAGGAGUUGCAUCAAAUGAUACGCGAUGGCAAUGUGGGACGGGCAAAGGAAAUAGUUGCCGACCCUAAUGGCAAAUGGCUCUUGAAAGCCAAAAACUAUUAUGGGCGCACUGCUCUGCACAUAGCCGUUUUGAAGGAGAACGAGGAACUGGUGGAACACUUUGUGAGUCUGUGUUCAGAGUUGCUGAAAAUUGGUGAUAAUCUCGAACGCACUGCGUUGCAUUAUGCCAUGGGCACGAACAUUGUGGAAAGUUUAAAUCGCAUACUCAUACAAAAAGGAGCCAAGCGUACAACUAAAGAUCUGAAAGGACGUCAGCCAACUUAUUAUUUUAUGAAUAAAGCCGAUAUAUUGCGUUUGCAAGAGGAAGAGGAGGAGAACCGUUAAGUGGAAAUGCUGUGGAGUAUGCGAGGUGUUUGUUUUUUUUUUUUACAAAAAAGUGGCUUAUUGAAAUUCUAAAUAGUUAAUAGUUGUUUUAUAUAUCUACAUAAGUAAUGUAGUAAGUUGAGUACAAUAUAAAUACAUAUCUGUUAAAUGACAUGCGAGGCGGUGUAUAAUGCGCGUUGAAUACACAUGCAAACAUACGUAUGUAUGUAGGUAAAGCUUAAAAUUUUACAAAAAAGAAACAUAAAAAACGUUCUAGGUAAAG